GAGGAAGGGAAAACGAAGCCUCCAGAUGUAGAGAGCUUCUCCGCCUUCCUACUUCUCGUCGAUUUAGGGUUUCACUCUCAAUUCCUUCCUAUUGCAAUUGUUCUGUUGAUGAUCGAUCGGAUUCCGCUGACUCGUUCUGUAGGGCCGAGGUUCUAAGUACGUUGUAUGUGUCUGUCUGUCUGUGUAAGGUCGUGUCCACAAGCACAGGAAGGAAGGAAGGUAGGAAGGAAGUGAACCCUCGGUCGGCUCAAUCCUGCUUGAAAGGAGCAGCUAUGCCCAAGAAAAUGGGCACCAACAGUAAAGCCGAGGAGGCGCGAGCGCGCAAAGCCGAGGCGCAUGUAGAGAAGAAGGUGAAGGAGGAGCGUAUGAAGGAGGAAUCGUAUUGGAAGGAGGCUGAGGGACCCGUGUCCAAGGCCGCGAAGAAACGGGAGGAAGAGGCCGAGCGCAGGGCCGAGGCUGCUGCGAAGAAGCUCGAGGCCAAGAAGCUUGCCGAGCAAGAGGAGAAGGAGUUGGAUAAGUACGGCAAACGUGUUGACAAGAAGGCCACACGUGUGGCUGUCCCCGUGCCGAAAGUCACAGCUGCAGAGCUGGCGAAACGGAAGGAAGAGGAGCAGGCAGCGUUGGCAGCUCAAGCUGCAGCGGCGAAGAAGAGGGAGCUCCGAAUGAGCAACCCUGAUGAGUAUGAGAAGUUGGUCAGUGUUUCGAAUCGGAAUCGGGAGGAUGAUCUCGUGGAUGCGCGGGACUUGGAGUCGGCGUUGGCCCAAAUCGGCACUCUGAAUGCUCCAGAAUUGCCUGCCGAUCGGCAUCCGGAGCGAAGAUUGAAAGCUUCGUACAAGGCAUUUGAAGAGUCAGAGCUGCCAAUUCUCAAAGAAGAGAAACCGGGCCUUACUCACACUCAAUACAAGGAUAUGUUGUGGAAGCUGUGGAAGAAGUCGCCUGAUAAUCCUCUGAACCAGGACAAGUGAGGACCUGUACAUUCGUGCGGUUUUUCGCUUGUGCAUUUUCUUCUCAUCCUGCUUAGAAGUGUACUUUGUAGUCUUGAGACCUUGGAUUCCUUUGCUGAAGCAGUGUUCAUAGAUCCCAAAGGUUUCAGAGGAUUCAGGAAAUGUCAUGUUCUCCCGAGUGUGGAUAGCAGAGUGUUCUGCUUCAAUGUAACGUUUUCAUCAUAAGUAGCGUAUCAUUUCUAGAGAUCUUGUGUAUAGGGAGAGAUUUCAAAAAGGUGAAACCCCAAGGGCCAUUUACCAAGCAAGCGGUGAUAUUGCAUUUGAAGCAAUUGUUUGUCUCUUGGCACCCGCUGUCUCAUUUCGAUACUACCCAACUGGCAGUCCCGUUUCUCAUCUUUUGUUACUUGUAAUGUACAUCAUUCAAUGAAUGUCGAUCUACCUCAUGGGCUGUUAUAUUGCA